UAUUCUCACCCCUCUCUUCAUCCAAUCCCACUUUUCUUUGAGCAAAACCAAGAAACCCUUCACACAAACCCCACCACCAACCAUGGGCACCAAACUAUUUCACACAUUGCUCCUCCUCUCUUACGCCCUCUCCAAUGUCAUAGGAGAAGAAACAGGCUUCGUGGGCACACUACACCCCAAAUCCUUAGGUCUUCACAAGAAACAAACCCUAAGCCACUUCAAAUUCUACUGGCACGACAUAGUGAGCAGUGGAGCCAACUCCACCUCAGCCACAGUCAUCCCACCACUCCCCAAAUACAACACAAGCACUUCCUUCGGCAUGGUUAACGUGAUGGACAACCCCUUGACGUUGGGCCCCGAGAUGGGCUCCAAGCUCGUGGGCCGGGCCGAGGGGUUCUACGCACUAACAUCACAAUCCCAGAUCAAUUUGCUCAUGGUCAUGAACUUUGCCUUGUUUGAAGGGAAGUACAACGGGAGCACCAUAACUAUCGUGGGGAGGAACGCUGUUAGUGAAAAUGAAAAGGAUAUUCCUGUGGUUGGUGGGAGUGGGAUUUUUAAGUUUGCUAAGGGAUAUGCUCAUGCCAAGACCUACUUCUUUGAUCCCAAGACUGGGGAUGCUACCACUGAGUACAACGUUUAUGUCCUCCAUAACGAGUAAACUAUUGAUUUGAUCUCUGAAAUAUCAUAUUUUCUCUUAAAGAUAGUCUUUACAAUAAUGAAAUUGUAUCAAUGGUCUCUGAAAUAUUCAAUACCCAUCAUUUAGUCGUUACGGUUAUAUAUUUUAAUAAUCGUAAGCGACUCAUUUGAAGAAUUUUUUCAAUAAUUGAGAGACUAUUUAAUAUGAUUUCUAAUCAUUAAGAGAUUGGUUGUGUAAUUUUUUUAUGAGAGUACUAUUUAUGAGAGAAAAUAAUACUUAGAAAUGAAAUUGAUGAUUUACAUUGUAAGAGAUUUAUUCUAUUUCAUCUUUAUUUUAGGGUUUUUCUUUUCGAGUUUA